GCAUUUCCGGUCUCAUGUGGAAGGGCUUGUUCAAGCCGCGGCCGGCGAAGGCCACGCUACCGUCCAUCAACCAAACGGAAGAGCAUGCGACAGAAGCUGCGGAGACACCUGUGGACGAGAAGAGGAUGGAAGAUUCGCAUGACGAGGCAGCCCCUGACAACGACGCCAUGUAUGUGCUCGCCAACUUCACAGGCCUCUUGAUUGUCCAAGGUGCAACCGAAAAGCGGCAGAUUCGAUAUGUGAUGGAGGUCGUAUGCCCGACCACCCGACACAAAUUCGAGUGCGUGAAGCGGUUCAAUCAGUUCAGCGACCUUCGCCAGCGCUCGCUCGACGUUCUCCACCAAUGCCGAAGCAAGAGGUGCCCGAAGUGCACCUCUGUUGCUGCCACCAUCCAAGCACAACCAUUUCCAGGUCGACGCCUCUUCACGACACUACAACACGUCAGAGAACGAGCAUUGCCUUUGGAAGCGUUCUUGCAGUGUGUUCUAGACAACGCCUUGAAUUGGAACGGAUGCAAGCGAUCAAAACACGCAUUCAACCAGGUCGCAAGUCAGUUUGUGGGGGCACCUGUCGACGGCAUGUACUUAAGCAGCGACAGACCGUCAUUGGACUUUCGCAAGUCCAUCCGACAUCUCAUGGUGGAACGUCCAGUCUCAAUUGGCGAUGCCGUAGCUGACACGAGGGAGGAGAAUGCUUCACCAACGACAAGGUGCCCGAGCCUUCCUCAAGACAGCUUUGAGGAGGAAGAGCACAAGGAGAAUGAAGACGAAGCUCAUCCAAGCAUCCAGCCACUCGAGCAUGUUGCUGUUCCCGAGGUUUCAACCACCCCCGCUCCUCCAGCUACUUGCAAGGAUGGACCCUCGUCCGAGCUUCCAACCUCAUCUGACCAAUCUUUGACCCAUCCCACGACGGUCGUGGCCGCUAACGUCGUCGACGAACGCGUAGAGUAACCUUAAUGCAUACCGUCUUACCCA